AUACAUUUCUUUACCCUAAUCACCCUUGGAAAGCGCCACAUGAUCCUCCAUAGUCUUGAAACCAGAGAUGGUAUUUAAAUACUAGCACAAAAGUGAAGAUGUCACAGCAUUCUUUAGCUCCUCAGCAUAUAAAUAUAAUAUAGAAUGCUUGGUGUUGGAAAGCGAUUAACCAUGGAAAUUAAAGGCCUCCAUUACCUAUUUUUCAGUUUCUUGGUUGCCUCCUCAGUGGUUUACAGUGAACAAGGUGCGCCGGAGACGAAUAAUAAUGGGGUUUCUUCUCUUAAGCGGAGCAGUUUUCCUUCAGAUUUUGUGUUUGGGACUGCAUCAUCUGCCUAUCAGUAUGAAGGUGCUGCAUUUGAUGAUGGUAAAGGACCUAGCAUAUGGGAUACCUUCACUCAGAGGCACCCAGAGAAGAUCACGGAUCACAGUAGUGGAAAGAUUGCAGACGAUUCAUAUCAUAAGUACAAGGAAGAUGUGGCUAUAAUGAAAGGCUUAGGUUUUGAUGCUUACAGAUUUUCCAUCUCCUGGCCUAGACUUUUGCCCCUUGGUCACGUUAGUGGAGGAAUAAAUCAAAAGGGUAUCGACUACUACAACAAUCUCAUCAAUGAACUCCUGUCAAGUGGAAUCAAACCUUUUGUGACUCUAUUCCACUGGGAUGUUCCACAAGCCCUUGAAGAUGAAUACACUGGUUUUUCAAGCCCCAAAAUUGUCAAAGACUUUCAAGAUUAUGCAGAAUUAUGCUUUAGCCAAUUUGGUGAUAGGGUAAAGCACUGGAUUACAUUGAACGAGCCACUAACCUUUGCUACUAGUGGAUAUGUAACUGGUGCAUUUGCACCUGGCAGAUGUUCAAAAUCUUCCACAUCGAACUGCACUGAAGGCGAUUCCAGUACCGAGCCAUACACAGUAGGUCACUACCAGCUUCUUGCUCAUGCUGCUGCAGUUCAAGUCUAUAGGAAAAAAUUCCAGAAGUCUCAAAAAGGCCAAAUUGGGAUUACACUAAAUUCUGGCUGGUUUGUGCCCUUAACCGAGUCAAGUAAUGACCAUAAAGCAGCAUCUAGAGCCCUUGCUUUUCAGUAUGAUUGGUUUAUGGAACCACUAAAGUCAGGUUCAUACCCUGUUGACAUGGUUAAUAAUGUGGGAAAACGAUUGCCAAAGUUCUCUGAAAAGGAAGCCUCGAUGGUUAAAGGAUCUUUUGAUUUUAUUGGAGUAAACUAUUACACUGCAAGUUACGCAAAUGAUAUUCCUUGCAAAACCCAUAGCCCCAGCUUCACUACUGACUCCUGUGCCAAUGUUUCAACCCAUAGAAAUGGGGUCCCAAUUGGUGAAAAGAGUGGUUCAAGUUGGCUUUUUGUUUACCCAAGAGGGAUUCAAGAUGUUCUGCUCUAUACCAAGUACAAGUUUGAUGAUCCUGUCAUCUACAUAACUGAGAAUGGAGUUAGUGAGGUUAAUACUGGUUCGGUUUCCCUAGAAGAUAACCAAAGAGUAGAUUACUACCAUGAUCAUUUGUCUUACGUUAAAGAUGCAAUAGCAAUUGGCGUCAAUGUGAAGGGAUACUUUGCAUGGUCAUUACUAGACAAUUUUGAAUGGAGUUCUGGCUAUUCGGUCCGAUUCGGUUUGAUUUUUAUAGACUAUAAAGAUGGAUUGAAAAGGUAUCCAAAAAAAUCAGCAAAUUGGUUCAAAGAAUUUAUUGGUUCUGGGAAUCACACCAAAACAAAGGAUAGGGAGCUUUGAAACUUAAUUAUAGAGAACUUAUUGUAGUUUAGUUUGAAUUAUUAUAUUAGCAUGUGACACAUCUUUAUUAUGUAACUAUUUUCUAUCAAACGUAGUUAUCUGUAACUCAAAAUUUUAUCCUUUAUGUAUUUAAAAGUUAAUAAAAAAAUUUAACAUGUUUAUAUCUA